AUGUCACACGAAAAGGCCAAGCAGGCCCCAUCAACAGAAUGGAGCGACCUCUUCUCUAUAAACCGGUCAUAUGAACCGACUUCGUACAAGGCUCUCGACAACCUUGACCGCAAACCCACUCUCGCGUUCCUGCAUCGGCUGUUUUGGGAUGAGAUCCGAGCAUGGACGCAGAACGACGCGACGGAGAUGUCCCGGAUCACCCACCCUGACCUGAACAGCCCAGGGAAGAUUUACAUUGGGGGUAUGAACCAUGCGCUGAACGAGGAGAUUCUUAUCGAGCACGACAUACGAGCCGUCAUCACAAUACACCCCAAGGACUCACUGGCGUGGGACAAGACGGAUCCGCGAGGCGGCUUACGUAGGUUUUUCGCAAAAGGCGCGAGCGUGGUUGAGUGGCCGCUCAUUAUCCCGCUUGAGGAUAAUGCCAACUCAAACUUGAUCGACCACUUUGAUGAGACGAACGAAUUCAUCAAACGGCACUCUGCGGAGGGCAGAAACAUUCUAAUCCAUUGCAAGUCGGGCAGGUCGCGUUCCGUCGCGGUGUUGAUCGCGUACCUGCAACGCAAAUUCUACGACGAGACGCUCAAGUCCGUCGGCAGCAUUGACGAGGCGAGGAGCAGAAUGCGGAAGUACCGCGAGGCUGCCACGGAGUCUAUCCGCAGCCAGAGGUUGCCUGUCGUCGUCAUCAUGGAGCGUUUCCAGGACCUGCUGGCGCUCUACGACCUCCAGCUCAUCGGGCAUCCAGACUACGAGAUGGAGAAGAAAGCACUGUUCCCGGCUCCCAUGUCCGCCGUGCGGAUGAUGCCGUCGCGGGUGGACUCCAUUCUCAAGGACCCCACGGAGGGCAAGUCGCCCCUCACAACAACAAUCACGAAUCCCAAGGUCGUGCAGACCAAGGGCGGCGCCGCGGUGCUCAAGAUCUGCGUCGCGUGGGUGUUCUUCACGAACAACCAGAAGCCGACGGAGGCGGUAAUCCACCAGUUCUUCGAGAUCAACGAGGCGUACUUUUACGAGCUCGAGGGGCUGGAGUACAAGGGGCGGUCGUACGUGGGUUCCAAGCACGCUUGUCCCGGGCUGGUGAAGUUCUGUUUGGAAUAUGCUAGGGGUGAACACAAGCUUACGCUACCGAGGCACACGGAAGAACAUGCCGAUUUGGUGGUUUCAAAGGCGCAGUGA